AUGUCUCUCGCGUCUUCGGGUUCGCGCGGCGGGGCGGGCGGCACCCGUCCUUCCCACUUCGGCUCGGAUAUCGCCUCUCCUCUGUUGCCGGCAGUCGGCGAGCGGGAGGAGCCGAGGCAGCUGAGCCGUCAAGAGGCUGAGAGCCGCCUCCGUGAAGAGCCGUCGAACGUGCGCUCAGCGGCUGUAGGUACAGCCGUCUUCACCCGCGGGUCGGAGGAGGAGGACGACGAGGAAGACGGCGAGGAAGAAGGCGAAACCUGGAUCUCCUGGUUCUGUGCCCUCGAGGGCCACGAGUGCUUCAGCGAAGUCGACGAAGAAUACAUCAAAGACACCUUCAACCUCUUCGGCUUGAAGCCCCUCAUCGGCAACUACGACGCCGCCCUCGACAUGAUUCUCGGCGCGGCGCCGGACGACGAAGACAUCGACGAGCAGCACUUCCUCGAAGUCUAUCGCGAUGCGAUGGACCUCUACGGCCUGAUCCACUCGAGAUAUGUCAUCACGCCAAGAGGCUUGGCUCAAAUGCGCGAAAAGUACAUUUCAGGGCAAUUUGGCGAAUGCCCUCGCGUCCUGUGCGACCGCCAUCCUGUCUUGCCUCUCGGCAUUUCUCCAGAUCUCAGCUCGCAUCGUCUUCGGCUGUAUUGCCCCCUUUGCCAAGAGGCCUACGACGUGCGCGAAGGCAGUGAAGAAGCGAAAGACAUCGACGGCGCUUUCUUCGGUCCUUCCUUUCCCCACAUUUUCCUUCAGACAUUCCCGAACUUGGUACCCCUCGACGUCCCGGUGCCGUACCAGCCGAAAAUCUUCGGCUUCCGCGUCCACAACAGAAAGUCCAUCGUUCAACUGAAGCUCGAGAGGGGCGAGUACGGAGUCGACUGCGUGCCUGCGGGGAGCACGCGGCCAGCGCUCGCCGCUUCGGCUGCCGGACCGGCAACCUCUGGAGCCGGCGAGGAGGCGCGAGCAGAGCGCGACACAACUUCCCAGGUGGGGGCUGAGAAGAAGGAAGAGACGCUGACGGCGGAGACAGGCGACGCUGCGUUCUCCAAAACAGUCGGCGAGGCCUUCAGCAGACCCUCGGGAGACUGGAAGAUCUCCGGGACGUGA